GUUAUUUAACCUCCUCGUCAAUCCUCCAGGCUUCCCCACCCAGGUGUGGCUGUAGACAUCAGAUCCGGAUCUCCAACGCCAUGGCGGUUCUAGUUCGCGAUAGCGGACUCCUCCGCGACGACCUCGACAUGACACCCCAGGUGCAACCGUUCGUCGGCCGGAUUGGCGGAAACCAGGGGAUUGUCCUGGAUCGACGAGAUCCUGCAAAUGCGGACUACCUGCAGAAAGUGCCGGAUGCGGCACCGUUGAUGUCCUUCCGGGAUACUUUUAAUCUGCGGGGCUUUGCGGACUUGGAUCUUUGGCGGUUUGCGGCGGUGGAGUGUCUUGGAACAAUGAUGCUAUCAUUCAUCACAGCCUGGGCCUCCGCCUCGCCCACCUCCACCACCACGACCCCCACCACAACCCCACCUCCCUCUCCCGGGGGCAUCUACUCGACCCCCCAAUUCCUCGGCCCGCUCACCAGCGCCCUCCUCAACUGGCUCUUCCUCACGCUCUUCAUCUUCACCUUCUCCUCCGUCAGCGGCAGCCACCUAAACCCCACAAUCACCUUCUCCACCUUCUUCGCCCGCCUGAUCUCCUUCCCGCGCGCAACCCUCUACCUAGCCGGACAGACCCUCGGCGGCGCACUCGCGGGCUGGAUGCUGCGCUCUGCAUUCGGGUCCGACGCGUUCUCCGUCGGCGGGUGUACCAUUAACACGGCGCUUGUUCCGGUCCGUGAGGCCUUCUUGUUGGAGUUCAUCUGCUGCCUGAUUUUGAUUUUCUUGUCGUUUGGGGUCGGGUUGGAUCCGCGACAGACAAGGGUUUAUGGGGCUGCGGUGGCGCCGUGGUUGGUGGGGUUGGUGUUGGGGGUCGUGGGGUUGGCGUCGGCGUUUACGAGGGUGGGGUUUGGGGGGGCUUCCCUUAACCCUGCCCGCUGUUUCGGAGUAUAUGUUGGCUCGAGUUUUCCGGGGUAUCAUUGGAUUCAAUGGGUUGCACCGUUUGUCGCUGCGAUAGGGCACGGGAUUGUGUAUUGGCUGGUGCCGCCGUGGAAGGCGUAG